ACCUGGAGAGGGCAUGGAAGCUCUGUGCCCCUUCCCACAUACCUGCCCUGCGCACCUCCAUCUGGCAAUUCCCGAGUUGUCGCCUUUAUACCAAACUGGUUAUCUGGUAAGUAACAUGUUUCUCUGAGUUCUGUGAGCCACUCUAGCAAGUUCAUCAAACCUAAGGAGGAGGUCGUGGGAAUCUCCAGUCUCCAGCUGGUUAUUCAGAGCACAGGUAACAGUCUUAUAGAACGGAGCCCUGAACCUAUGGAAUCUGGUGCUGUCUUCAGAAUUGAGUUGAAAUGUAGAACACCCAGCUGGUGUCUGAGAAUUGCUUGCUGGUGUGGGACCCACACACACAAACACACACAUUGGAGUUGGGUGCAGAAAAACAGGACUAAAGUCAUAUGUGUGCAAGAGGGGUUGGAGAGGAAUGGCUGCUGGGACAAGGACAUGAGAGGGCCACCCGUGGAGAACUCUCAAUCCACUGAAAGUGAAGCAGUAUAUAAACAAACCAAUGUGCCCCCCUCUCUGCCCUUUAGCAUCCGUGCCAGCCUGUUUCUUUUGCCCCAGCACUGCCCUAUGCCCUUCGUCCCUGGGUACGGAGGAACCAGGGCUCAGGCAGACCUUGCACAUUGGGCUGGGCGAUGGAAGAGGGGCCAUGAGACCUGGGCUCUGGGGAGGGGAGAAGAAAGUAGAAGAACCGGCUGAACUAGGAGGAAGGAUUCUUGUCAUUCUCUCCUAGGCUAAAGAAGGAAGGGAGUGGGAGAGCACAUGAGAUGCGAAACCUGAAGGUAUGGAAGGCUGACUUUAUAUUUAUUGAAAAAAAAAAAAAUCCGCAGAUAAGUGGACCCACAUACUUCAAACCCGUGAUGUUCAAAGGCCAACUGUACAGACCAGAUGUGGCUAAAACAGAGGCUGGCUGAGAAACUUCUGCAUUAGGGAACAGAGGACAGCCCAGUUUCUGCACGGAUCGAUGACCAAAGAAGAAAGAAAUCAAUGGACAUCCUGGUGGAUGACAGCAAGAACAGGUUGUUGCAUCACUUAUCUGGGAGAGACCUGAAUGGGCCAGCUGAGCUGGGACAUCCUGAAAAGUCUGGGACCCUGGACUGGAUGGGUAAUGAGAGGCAGAAGGAUGCAGAUUGCUGUGUUUUUCUUGAAGCUACUGUCACCACCCCUGGAAACAUUCUGCAGGAAUAAACGACAAGCUAACUCCAGCAGCUUUCCAACACACCGAUACUGCCUUCUCGGUCUCCAGGUUUAAAGAGAGGAAACUAGAAGACGUCCAACCACUAGCAUCUCAAAGAGAGCAAAAGAAGUCCAAGUGGACUUUAUUUCUAGAUUGAGAUGGAAGGAGAAGUCCUAGCUAAGCCCGGAGAACAAAAGGUUGUCAGCCAGAGGGCUGGAUGGAAAAUGCCCAUCCUCUUCAUACUGUGCCUGCUACCAGCUACAAACACAUUGAAAGGCCCGAGGAUGGUGUCUGGGGAGCCUGGGGACACUGUCACCAUCCAGUGCCAUUACACCCCGUCGUCCAUCAACAGGCACCAGAGGAAGUACUGGUGCCGCAUAAGCCCCCUGACGUGGCUCUGCCACACCAUCGUGUCCACCAACCACUACACUCACCUCCGCUACAGGGACCGUGUUGCCCUAACAGACUUCUCGCAGAGCGGCUUGUUUGUGGUGAGGCUGUCCCAGCUGUCCCCAGAUGACGUGGGGUCCUAUCGUUGUGGCAUCGGAAACACAAACAACAUGCUGUUCUUCAGCAUGAAACUGAAUGUGUCUGCAGGUCCUCACAGCACUGUUCCCAGAGUCACUCCAGCUGCUGGUGAGCUCUUCAGUGGAGCCUUUGGAACAGCAUCUUCAGCGGCCAACAGCUGGACCCCAGGACCCACUCAGACUGCAGAAGGGCAGAGCACGGGAGGGGACAGAGUUGCUCUGACUCCAGGAGCUAGCAAAAGAACAGCUUCAGCUAAGGGAAGACAAACCCCAGGAACCACUGGGACAGUAGCUGCAGGGACAUUUAGCCAGGUAGAGACUUCUACCUGGGCAACAGUCCCCAGUCCAGAGAGUCUGACUUCGACAAUAAGAGGCGUGUCCAACACUACAGAAGGUGUUUGGAUGCGGGGCACCAAAAGCUCAGUAGCAAAUAGGGCCAGUGAGGAAGGGAGGGAAACAACAACUACUGAGGCUGCUAGGCCAAGAGAGGAAGCGGAGAGGGCCAAAAUAGCCCUCGAUGCAGACUGGAUGGUCAUAGGAACCAUUAGGCUGUCAACCUCGCUCUCAGGAAAACAGGUGUGGGAAACCCUCCAAGAAGCGAGACUGGUGUCUAAGCCACAAGCCCUGGGCUCCAUUGAAGAAACUACGCCAGCAGUAGGUGUGUGGGUCUUGGGGCCCACGAGCAUAGAGAUGGCAUCUGCAGAAGGAAGCACUGCUGGAGACACCCCUGCUGGAGACAGUGAUCCCCAAGCAACUUCAAGCCAGAACCUAACAGCAGGACCCCUGAAGCCCGUGGGCAAAGAGUCCUCCAUGAAGAGUGCUUCUCCAGGAAAGAAAAACAUCUCUCGGAUCCAGACUCCAGUGUCUAUGGUGCUGUUCUCACUUGUGGCUCUUGUUCUAUUGCAAAGGAAACUCCGGAGAAAAAGGACUUCUCAGGAGACAGAAAAGGCAGCAGGGGUUACCUUGAUUCAGAUGACACAUUUCCAGCCAGACCAGCUGCCCCGUGUGGAAAGGAAGAUACUCCAGGAUGACUGUCCUCCUAUCCAGGCCACCAUGACUGUCCCGGAGUGGGACCCUGAACCCUGAGGAAUGGAAGGAUAUGCUGUUUGGUCACCAUGGAAGGAGAACCAAGACCAAACACCAUGACCCCAGCCUCUUCUCAUUCUUCCUCUGUACAAAGGGAAGCUAAUGGAGCUGGGGCUCCAUCUGGGGAACCAAAGGCUGACCAUCCUUGGGCCUAUGAAGGUCAAGCAUUUUCCACAGCCAACGGUGAUAAUAUGACUAAAAGAAGGCUUUGAGAAAGGAUUUAUUAAAUACUGGUGGGGGUCACCUAGGGAAAGUAUGGAGUUUCUGAAGAUUUGAAAAUUUAAGAGGUUUCCAAUCAGUGUGAGGAACUACAAAUUCUCACCAUCACUUUUAGUCCAUGUUAGUUGUCCCCUUUUCUAUUAGCAUUCAGCCUGCUGCACACAUUGAAUUACAUCCAUAUGUACUAGUAUAUUCUAAGCUCUUUAGGGCAGCAAUUGUGUUUUAUCCAUCUCAGUAUGUCCCCAGAAAACUUCCAGCUCAGUAGGUGCCCCCAUAAAUACUUGUGGCUGAAUGGCUGAGUGGGAGGGCAUGGGCUCAGUGGCCUCUGGGGCUCUGUCCACGCAGAUGUCCUGACUCCCCCUUAAUUUGGGAGUCCCCUGGAUGACUCCAUAGGCAGGUGGUUUCUACAGAGACCAAAAGGAACAGCAUCCAGUCCUCAAAUCAUCCCUUCCCAUUUGGCCCCAGACUCAUUACGCUGUAGGCCUUUUGACCCAGUCAAGAUUUUCUGGGAUUUUCCUAAAUUCAUGAAGGAGGAGGGUAUUUUUCAGUAGAUUCUCACCUCCUUCACAAAGCUCCUCUUAUUCAACUGCUUGUAAAUCCUUGAUAGCAAAGAUGUUGAUGAAGCUGAAAAAUGGUGGAGGCCGGUUGGGGGCGGGGGGAGGUAAUAGAGAAGGUGACCAAGAGGAAUUUUAUGUGGAUUCUGCUUUUGAACCACUUCCUCUCAUACUUGUUGAGGGACUUUUACUCCACAUUUGGUCCCCCUGUCUUUUCAAGAGUCACAUUUACUAUUAGGUUGGUGCAAAAGUAAUUGUGGUUUUUGCGAUUAUUUUUAACCUUUUAAACCACAAUUACUUUUGCACUAAUGUUUUAUUCCAAACCUGUUCACCAGCUGCCUGAACUUCAUGUUUGGGCAGCAAAGCCUCUGAGCAAUGGAAGAGAAGGGAAAGGCUCGAUAUCAAGUCGAGAAUUGUCAGGGAGACAUUCCCAGAAGGCUGAGCCCUGCCCGCUACGCUGUCAGCGGCACCAGAAACCCACCAGAAACCCUCUGUCAAUAUCUCCUCAUCAUAGCUGGUGCUGAACCCAGACACCGUCCCAAGAAAAUCAGGGAGAUGCUGUCUUCAUGGUUUGUGAGACAGAGAGACCCAUUGUUUGGAAUAAGUGGGGGAGUUGCAUGCGUCUAGCCAAAUGGAAUCAUGGAAUUUCAGAGCUAACCAAUCUAAAGCCCUCAGCCUAGUGUGAGGUAACUGAGACCCUGUAGGGGGAAGUAACUUGUUUAAAGUCACUCAGUAACAGCAGAGUGAGGACGAGAAAGGGGAACUCAGGACCUUAAUCUAGUGUCUUAUCCACUUUAUCAUUACUAAUUACAUAUAUGAAAAACUAAUAAAAAAUUAAUGACACCACAGGCCUCUUACUCCCAACCAUUUUCAUGUACCCUAUCUCAGUGACCUGCCUGAAAAACCUGUAAGCUAGAUAGAAAGAAUAGCCACCAAGAUCCCAUUUAACCAAUGAGGAAGCAGGCCCUGAAGGGGGUGUAAUUCAGCCAAGGUCACUUAGCUCAUUAGAGGCAGGGAUGGGCCAAGAACCAGUUCUCGUAGGCUCAUUCCACCUAAUUAAUGUUUACCAGAGGCGUCCACAGAGUGCUAGCUUCUCAGUAUUAUUAAGAAGUAUUCUGAGAAAAAGUAGGUUUGGUAGAUCAAAGACGUUUGGCUAAUGUGGGUUAAACAGUAACAGCUUCUUCUGCAUACGAUUUUUUGGAGCCUUUACUACACUAAGAUGCAUUGGGAAUAGGUCCAGGGUUAGGGGGAUCUUAUGCCUGUUUCCCCAGCGUUUUGGACUAUUGUGUUUUGAUGAAGUAAUCUCACAGGACUGCAUUCCUCAGAUCACCCCUUUUUUGGGGAAGCUUGAUGUGAUAAAACAGGAGCCAGCAAAUUCUGCAAAGGGUGUUAAAAACAAAACAAUAGGCCCAAAAUGGAAUCACUUAUGCUAAGACCUACAUCAGCAAAAAGAGACUUGACUUAAUUACAGUUUCAGUCUCUCCCAAAAUUGGAAUCUUACUUAAACCAGUCAAUCAGGAAUCACCUAGACAACACUAGUGAGGUAAUCUGCCUCCUGGACCCUUGCCGUCCCCUAAAGGAAAUGACUUUGCCACAACCAAUUCACUUUUUGCUGGUAUGACUUGCUUCUCCCGCUCCCUUCUGCCUAUAAAAGUUUGUCAUUUUGUAUGGCUCCUCGGAGCUUCUUUCUAUUUUCUGGAUGGGAUGCUGCCUGACUCAUAAAUUGUUGAAUAAA